UCAUAGUAGGACAAAUAUUACAAGGUUGAGUUAAACCAAAAGUUUAAGAAAGCCAGCCAAGAAAGCUUAACCUCAACUCGCUUGCGAUUACAUUUUUUUAUCAUAAUCUUGCUGUGUGUCCUAACCGAGAAAAUAAUUAUGUUCUUUAAAAAAAUAUCAGUUGCUAACCGGUUGCUAACGAGCACGUUUCCUAGCUUCGGUGACGUCAUUGUCUGACCCUCUUCUCAUUGGUUCUCUUUCCUGAAAGCGUUUCCCGCGCUAUCAUCGGUGUAAAACAACACACCGAGCCGUCAGCCCGUUACGGUAGCUAGCUAGCAGGUGUCUUUGUGACAACUGAACAUACGUUAACACCGGUACCGGAGCUGUUACUAUAGCCACGCUAUGCCAUUAGCAUUAACAUCAUCGUCAGAUUAUGACCCGGCGUGUUUGCCGGAUUUAUUACCGCUUUACUACCGGCGGCUGUUUCCAUUCUCCCAGUACUAUCGCUGGCUAAACUAUGGAGGAGUGCAGAAGAACUACUUUACGAAUCGAGAGUUCUCCUUCACACUCAAAGAUGACAUCUACGUCCGCUACCAGUCUUUCAGCACACAGAAUGAACUGGAGAAGGAAAUGCAGAAGAUGAACCCAUACAAGAUUGAUAUUGGAGCAAUAUACAGUCACAGGCCUAAUCAACACAACACAGUGAAGUCAGGAACCUUCCAGGCUUUGGAGAAGGAGCUGGUGUUUGAUAUCGAUAUGACGGAUUAUGAUGAUGUCAGAAGCUGUUGCAGUGCUGCAGACAUUUGCUCCAAGUGCUGGACCCUGAUGACAGUCGCUAUACGUAUCCUGGAUCGAGCUCUUCGGGACGACUUUGGUUUCCAGCACCUCCUGUGGGUUUAUUCUGGCAGAAGAGGAGUGCAUUGCUGGGUGUGUGAUGAAGCUGCCAGGAAGCUCUCUGUGGCAGCACGCUCUGCAGUGGCAGAAUACCUCAGCCUGGUUAAGGGCGGUGAUGAGACAGUGAAGAAAGUAGUGCUGACAGAUCCAAUUCAUCCUUUUAUCAGAGAGUCUUUGGCAGUGGUGGAGCAUUACUUUCCCCAGUACGCACUGCAGGAACAGGACAUACUGGGCCGCAAGGAAUCUGUAGACAAAGUGCUGGCCCUCAUGCCUGAAGAUGUUAGAAAUGAAGUGCAGCAGGACUUCAAAAAUGAGAAGAAACCUGAGAUUCGUUGGAAACUGGUCAAAGAACACGCUGCUAGGAAACAGGCCACUGCCAAGAAGGGCCAGCACUUUGAGAAAGAAAUCAUGCUGCAGUAUUGUUACCCGCGGCUCGAUGUGAAUGUCAGUAAAGGGGUGAACCAUUUGUUGAAGAGCCCCUUCAGCGUGCAUCCCAAAACAGGGCGCAUCUCCGUUCCCAUGGAUCUCAAAGAACUAGAUACGUUUGAUCCUUUUGCUGUGCCCACAAUCAGUCUGAUCUGUGAAGAGUUGGAUCGGCCAAGGACAGGCGAAGAGGAAGAAAAAGUGGAUGAUGACAAGGAGAAGGAAAAUGAGAAGGAUGCAGCAGAGAGACGGAAGAUCAGAGAUUACAAAAGAACCAGCCUGGCGAAAUAUGUGAAACACUUUGAUCAGUUUCUGGAUGGGAUGGCUCGUACGUGGAAAGGAGAACUUCUCAGAAAGAGCGAUCUUCAGAAGGAAUUCUGAGCUGGAUCAGUAAUCAGGAAGUGAUAUUCUGAGCAGGCACUGUCUCUAGCUACCUAUUACUUCAUGGGGAUGAUGUUGCAAACCGUCCUGUUUUUUGGGGCUUUGUGUGGUGGUGGAAUGAAAUGUUGCCAUUUGUUUCUGAUAAACAAUUAUUUCAUCUAAAUCUAUUUUAUAAUAAUCCUCUCUUUCUUACUGCAGAUUUUUGUUGUAAAAUGACAAUUUUGUAUUGUUUGUCUACCAGUUGCCUACAUGUUGCUAUUGUACAGUCAGUUGUGAAAAUAAAUUUGAUACUCAUCUCUUUCAAAA